ACUGGUUUCCCUAUGUGAGUGGGUUUCUGACUGGAUUACUGGUUGACUGGUCUUGUGUGUGAACCAGUUGACAGGCUGGUUGAUUAGCUGCCUGACUGUUGACCUGACUGUUAUGAAUUUGUUAACCAAUUACGAACUGGUUUACACACUGGUUGCCUGCCCUGCUGAGUGUGUUGCAUGUGUGGAGUCAGCUGUUAGCUGUUAGCUUAAUGGCAGACCGAACCUGCUGACUGAUUUACAGACUGCUUCACUGACAGUUUCAUGUGUACGUACUGAUUUUCUGACUGGAUUUGUAGGUCGGUUUGUGUUUCAGGUGCUGAAAUGUCUCGACUGUCUGUGCUGUCUGUGCUGCUGCCUCUCACAGGUACGCUGCUCACAUCACAUCACACAUCAGAUCGUAUUACAGAUGGAUUAUUGUCUCUCUCUUCCUCUGCAGGCCUUUUAUUUCUGAUCGCCUCAACGUUUGGCUCCGAAACCAGCGUGCCGAACCCGGUGACCUGUGUGACCCGAGGGGCCGACCUGGUGGAGGACGGGGCGGUGGUUCUGUGUCCUCCAGACUGCACCCAGUGGAGGGUGUCCGUGUUCGGGACGGGAAUCUACGCCUCCGUCUCCUCCGUCUGUGGAGCUGCUGUCCACAGGGGGGUCCUCGGUCCGUCUGGAGGUCCCGUCAAGGUUCACAAGCUGCAGGGACGACGCAGCUACAUGAGCUCCUACGCCCAUGGCAUCCAAUCACAGGCUCUGACCCACUGGCCCGCCUCCUUCAGCCUCACCAAGCCAGUUCACAUUCCUCUGGAGCUCACCAGUGACACCAGUACCACAGCUCUACCUGCAGCUGCACAGCCAGCAAAGAAACCACUGAAGAAGUCGUCAGUGAAGAAAGCUCUGACAGGCGGGAACAGAGACUGUCAGAUGGACAUCGCCAUGGUGAUCGACAGCAGCAACAACAUCGGCCAGCGGCGGUUCAACCUGCAGAAGAACUUUGUCGUCAAACUGGCAGCCAUGUUGAGAGUCGGACAAACAGGACCACAUGUAGGCCUGGUCCAGACCAGCGACUCCCCCAGGACGGAGUUCUUACUGACAAACUACACUCAGCCUAAAGAGCUGCUGUUUGCCAUCAAGGAGCUCGCAUACCUGGGAGGAGACACCAACACAGGUAAGGCCAUCAUGCACACGGCAGAGACCUUCUUCGCCCAGGAGAACGGUGCCAGACGGGGUCACCCCCGGGUGAUGGUGGUCCUGAUUGACGGCUGGCCUUCUGAUGACCUGGAGCAGGCGGCCAUGUUGGCCCGAGAGUCCGGCAUCAACGUCUUCCUGGUGUCUGUGGCUAAACCGGUGCCCGAGGAGCUCGUUAUGGUGCGCGACAAGGACUUCAUGAAGAAGGCGGUGUGUAAGGAUAACGGCUUCUUCAGUUACCUGAUCCCCAGCUGGUUCAGCACCACCAAACAUGUCAAACCUCUCACUCAGAGACUCUGCUCGCUGGACAGCCUGCUCUGCAGUAAAACCUGCUACAACUCGGUCAACAUCGGCUUCCUCAUUGAUGGUUCAUCCAGCGUUGGAGAUGGAAACUUCCGGCUGGUCCUGGACUUCCUGGCAGGAAUCGCCCAAAGCUUUGACAUCUCAGAUGUGGGGACUCACAUUGGUGCUGUGCAGUUCACCUACGACCAGAGGCUGGAGUUCGGCCUGUAUGACCACUCCAGCAAGGACGACGCCAUCAACGCUCUGAGGAGGAUCUCCUACAUGAGUGGAGGAACGGCCACCGGAGGAGCCAUCAGCUACACCACCCAGAACCUGUUCAGGCGGACAGGACCGGGCCGCAACUUCCUAAUUGUGGUGACGGACGGCCAAUCAUACGAUGACGUCGGCAGCCCGGCCAUGGCUGCACAUAGGCAAGGCAUCACCGUGUACUCUGUGGGCGUGGCCUGGGCACCCAUGGAUGACCUCAGAGCGAUGGCGUCGGAGCCAAAGGACAGCCACACCUUCUUCACGAGAGAGUUCUCUGGUCUCGCAGAGUUCAUCCCCGCGCUGGUCCGAGGCAUCUGCCGAGACUUCACUGAAAGCAACUAG